UGAAUCGACUGUGACGUGAUCACGUGGUGAGUGUGACGAGUGUGACGUGAAAGGGCUUGUCGAGGAACGUUUACCGGCGUGUUGGAACGGAAUCUCUUACGUGUGAAAAUUAUCGCGAUUCAUCAUGGCUUGGGUGCCCUUGGAGUCGAAUCCAGAGGUUAUGACGAAGUUCCUCCACAAGCUGGGCGUUCCAAAGAAAUGGUCGGUCUUAGAUGUGUACGGUUUAGAGUCGGACUUGCUGGCAAUCGUCCCUAGGCCCGUUCUUGCCGUUAUUUUGCUUUAUCCUUUUUCAAAGAUUGACAAGGCUGAAGAGGAUAAAGCAGAAGUUAAGGAUAGCAAGAAUGAUGGUUCAGAUUCUGUAUACCAUUUGAAGCAAAAUAUCUCAAACGCAUGUGGGACAAUUGCGUUACUUCACAGCGUAGCGAAUAAUUUGGACGUCAUACAAUUGGAGGAUGGCUUUCUCAAGAAGUUCUUAGAUGAAACCAAAGGACUCUCAUACGCUGAACGUGGAGAGCGUUUAGAAAAAUCGCAGGAAAUUAUUGAUACUCACAUGGAAUCUGCCCAGGAAGGACAGACUGAGGCACCAGCUGAGGAUAUGGAGGUGUACCACCACUUUGUCGCGUUUGUACAUAAGGACGGUUCCUUGUACGAGCUAGACGGUCGAAAGCCUGCUCCUAUCAAUCAUGGCUCAACUACACCGGAGGCACUUCUGGACGAUGCUGCCCGCGUGUGCAAGGAAUAUAUGGAACGCGAUCCCAACGAAGUACGCUUCACAGUGGUUGCACUCGCUGCCAACGAGUAAAACGGCGUCCUCAUCCUCAAGUGCAUUUGCCUUUAAGCUAAUUUAAACUCAAAUAAUUUUACACGUGUAUAUUUCGCUUCAGCAACGCAUUUGUUUUGUCAGUUUCUUUAAUUGCCAACUUUUUUUAACACUGUGUAGGACGUGAAAAAAAAUUUAUAUACGCAGUUGUAUAUUGCA